UACAUAGGAUCGGGAACCCCUCCGUUCCGUUACAGCAGUUCGGUAGGUUCGAUUCGGGGUGAUUGUAUUGAAAAUAAUUCCCUUUAAUAAACGGGCCCGGGCAUAUAUGAAGCUCCGGAGGUGGAAGUGAGACAGCAACGCCAGAUGUCCGUUUUUCCCGGGGUUUUUCACCGGUGCAGCUAAAGACAGUUUGGCACGCGACACGGAACGCCAGAACAAAACCAGCCUCAGAACGGAACAGAACGUCCGGGUGGUUCCGAGAGGCUCGAUCCGGUGGAUUGUAACGGUAGUGCAAGGUAGUUGAACGAACAUGUAGGAAGUGUAGCCAGGGCAAGGACUCCCAACCCAAGUUGAGAUUGAUUACGUUUGUGAUAGUUAGUGUUACGUUAAGAGAUUGUGCGGUAAUGGCGUCGAACAUGACCACCGUUUCGUUGCGGAACAUCUCCGGUCUCAAUCCGUUGAAGCGGAUGAAGUUCAAGGAGAACCAAGUGAUGAUCCCGAUAGGGUCGAACGUGGAGAACUUUGACGAAAACGAGACUACAGUAGUGCUGAAGCGGAAGAUUCCCUUGGGAACGCUCGGAAGUAUCGAGAAUGUGAUGUUCAACACAGUGUCCGGUGAACUACGGAAGCCUUUGGGAAAUGUGGCGUCUCCUGGUCCGGGAAGGCGUAAGAACUCCGAUCCGAAGAGUACAAUCAGUGCUGUUGAACGGCGAAACGCCCGGGAGCGCAAUCGAGUUCAACAAGUCAACAACGGUUUCGCUGCUCUGCGUCAACGGAUUCCGGAAGAGAUCGCAGAAGUCUUUGAAGCCGGCACGGCCCGUGGAGUUCACAAGAAACUAAGCAAGGUGGAAACUCUUCGUAUGGCUGUAGAAUACAUCAAGUGCCUGGAACGCCUUCUAUCCUUGGAUCCAGAAAAGGAAGGCAGUGUUUUCAAGAUUCAACCUCCACAACAGCAAGAAGGCACUCAGCUUCCGGCUACUCCUCCACCGGAACCGUUGCAGGCCAACAAUUUCUUCCUCGCAAUCAAACCUCGUGCCAUCGGAAACUCCACCGGAGCUUCCUUCGAUCAAACCCAGAUCACCAUCAUCAACGGCCAUCAGUACAUCCGCAUUCCCGGUACCAAUACCUUCCAGUAUCUGGACCCGGAGAGCCUGUACGACGAUUCUCCCAACGACAGCUCCUUCUUCGGAGACACCAGCUCGAUCAUCCAGGAAGACUCGGACGAUCUGAUGAGCGAAUCGGCCAUCGCCUUCUCUCCGCAGAGCAACUACGCCCAGGAACCGGAGGACCACAAGGACGGGGCCACAGUCUUCCCCAAUCGACCCCUGGAGGAGGACGGCAAGAUCCUCUCCAUGAUCGACCAACAGCAAUACGCCGAAAUCAUGAUGAUCAAAAGUGAACUCGAAGAGGACGACGAGCAGGCCCUUCUACAGCGAACCACCAACGAUCCGGGAUUUCUGGACUCCAUCGACUGGUUCGAGAGCCAUCACCAGCAGCUCCCCUCGGACACCCUCAUGGACUGAACGAAUCCAUCCCCUAGCCGCCAUUUUGUAUAUAGGAUUAUUUAUUUUAACGAAGCCGAAUUUUAUUAUUAUUCUAAUUAUACGAAAAUCUAAUUUAUCAACCCACCGCACCCGCUGUGCUCUAGUUUUUUGAACAAUAAAGAAACCAUUCCCCAGUCGUAGUGCUUCUGCCCUUCACCAUCGAAAGAAAUUUAUUGACGAUCGAUCCACCGAACGAAACAACGAAACUCAAGGUGGUGAUACUCAUUAUUCUGAAUUCUCCCCCUCUCCAC